GGCCUUCAUACACUCACUCAUGGUGGUGAUGCGCCUUCACGAGACACGACUCGUGUUCGAACCACGUUCAACGUGUAUACGUCUUAUGGACGAAUGGCGGUCCUCUAGCUGACCAAACUACGUGAUCUCUUCCCACCUUCCACCUCUGCACCCUGCCCACCCUCACUGGCAUCCCGCCAUCUUUGUGCCAUCCCACUUCUUGACCAACACAGCGAGGCGCGGGAGACGUUUGUGCUCUUGGUGCUCCAUAGCGUGGCAUCAGUGGGAGAGGCGGCGACUCAGCCAGCGUGUGUUGACGCUUCCUUGGCUGGUUUCUCAUUGCGGCCCGCAGAUCCUCGCUCUUCGGGCAGAUCGGCUCUUCGUCUAGCGGUGAUAAUGAAGGCAGGUCGGGGGGCGCCUUCCUGUGCGGCAAUGGCGGUGGGGCUGUCUUUUGUGCUCCUUUUGUAGCAGCCAUCGCUGGCUCACACCUGCCAGAACAGACACACAGGCCAGGGUCCUUGUUGUGAUUUGGUGCCGUCGAUCGUGUGUGUGUCUCACCUUCGCAGCAGCCAGUAGAUAUCCCAUGAACGUUCAAUGCACCGCUCUCUGCGGCAGCCCGGACACACGGGCACUUCAUGCGGCGGAGUCGACUCGACAGAAUCGUUCGCCUCAGCCGCAAAGCCAAUCGCUUCGCCUUCUUCAUCAGCAACAAAGAUGAAGAAGGGGCGCGGAGCAGAGGGCGCAAAGUUUGGAAGGCCAAUCCCGCCCUCGAAGAUCUUCUCCAUGUUGCGCAGGGCCUCCUGCAAUGACGGAUAACGACAAGACGAUGCUACAUCACCUGCUGACAAGGGGGCACUGCUCACUUUGAUCUCAUCUCUUGUGGGCAUGUUUUCGAAGAGGGGGCUGAUCCUUGCAAAGGCCACGACAACAGAGAGGAAGGAGACACAUGUCAGGAGCAGGGCGCUGAGCAUUCCGCUGAAGACGGGGAGACUGGAGACUGGG